AUGAAGGACGACUCGAAGAUGCCGCUCAUGGCUGGUGGUAAUGCAGAGUCCCCCCAGCAUAAGAUGCGACACCAAAACGGCCUCUCGAGCAAGCCUCACUCUAAACGAAGAAGAGCAAGGUCCUGGCUUCGUCGUGUCAAAGAUAUCUGCUUAAAAUACACCUGGGUCUUACCUCUCGCCCUUCUGACGGCCCUCCUCGCCGCAUACGCCGUCAACCCUUCAGAGUCCAACCCGAUACACCAUGGCAUAUUCCUCUCCUAUCCAUUGCCUCCGGAGACACCGGGUGGACCAGUGCUCUACGGCAAAGGAAAGCUUGACAUCGCUUUCGUGGCCUUCUACACCAUUGCGCUCUCUUUUACUCGUGAAUUUCUGAUGCAGUGCGUUAUUCGGCCGUGGGCUCUCUACGCCGGCAUCAAGGGCCGCUCGAAGAUCACCCGGUUCAUGGAACAGGUGUAUACGGCAAUGUACUUUAGUGUGUUCGGACCGUUUGGUCUGUAUGUGAUGAAGCAGACGAAUAUCUGGUAUUUCAACACCACCGCCAUGUUCGAGAAUUUCCCGCACAAGGCCCAUACUGCGGACUUCAAGGCGUAUUACCUUCUGGAAGCCGCAUAUUGGGCACAACAGGGCAUCGUGCUGUUGUUGCAGCUUGAGAAGCCCAGGAGAGACUUUAAGGAGUUGGUCGGACACCAUAUAAUUACCCUUGCGCUCAUUGCGUUGAGCUACCGAUUCCACUUUACUUAUAUCGGUCUCGCCGUAUACAUCACCCACGACAUCUCUGACUUCUUCCUUGCUACGUCAAAAACACUUAAUUAUCUUGACUCACCGAUAAUCACCCCGUUCUUUGCCCUCUUCGUUGCCGUCUGGGUCUACAUGAGGCAUUACCUCAACCUCCACAUCCUCUGGGCCGUUCUGACCGAGUUCCGGACCGUCGGGCCUUUCGAAGUCGACUGGGAGGCCGAACAGUACAAAUUCUGGGUCAGUCAAUAUAUCACGUUCGCCCUCCUGGGUUCUCUCCAGGCCAUCAACCUGUUCUGGCUCUACCUGAUCAUUCGCAUUGCCAAAACCUACGUCUUCAGCAACGCGUUACAGGAUGAACGAAGUGACAACGAAGAAGAGGAUGAGAUCGAAGAAUCGUCCCCAGCCAUCGGGGAUGGAAAUGGAGUCCCUAUACCAACCCUGCUUGUCAACGGCCAUGCUAGCAAGGAAAAUACAGAUCUAAUUGGAAAUGGAUCAUCUACGGGACUGACUAACGGAAAUUCAAACGGUGCUGCCACGAAACGCAAAUGA